GAGAGAGAGAGAAGCUAAGCCCGAAAUUGAAAAGUUUGUAAUUUGUGGCUGCUGUGGUUAGGUAGGAUGCGUGUACUUGGGUGCGGCGUCUCGUCACCACCCGACAAACGACAGUUUAGUAGUGUCAACAGCAUCCGUAAUACCAUCGCUAACGGCAAACCCGUCUGUGCCGAGAACGACAGUCCUGCGGAAAUAUUUCUCGAGAGCGCGGGAGAUAGUGACCGAAUCGUCAAAGACAGCGGAUUCUUGCAGAGCUUGAGAACUGAGUACGACUGCACCACCAUCACUGUAUCAUCCGGAACUUCCUCGAUAUCUCGUGAGAGAAGAAAGUUUUUUCGAUCCACGUGCUUCACCUUUGACAACUCGCGACAGCAAUCGUACAACUAUACAUUGAGAAAAGCGCGAUACCUGUCAUUCGGACGAUAACGGAUCAUCGAA